GCGCAUGCGCAGUUCGCCAUAAAUCGCCAAACAGUUGUGGUUCCACGAGUUUGUGUUCCUUCCACCGCUCUGUAGGCUACAAUCUUGCGGCAGCAUAAUGAUUACUAUUUCUUGGAUACAUUAAACUAGGAUGAUCAGCCCGGCGGUGGCCGAGGCCAGAAGGCGUGCGUUUUAAACAACAAGCAGCUGUAAAUCUCUGGAAGCUAGUGGUAACGAAGCUGUGCUACGUGCUAAUGUUAUGAGACUGAACCGCGGAGAAACGCCGCCUGUGAUUGACAGCUCACUGACUGCUUUGUGUUACGGAUUUAAUCGGGUUGAUCCUGGAAUGGGGCAGUGGAAGCUUCGGUCUGUGUAAUUUGCUAAACGGGGAGGAGAGGAAGCAGGCGUUACCGCUGCGGGCCUUCGGUCACGUCGCACACGACUUCAGUGACCGAUACGUUAUAACAUGGGGACCUAAAGUGAAUUCAGGUUAAACAACACUUUUCCGCAAUUUUCUCGGACUUCGCUCUUGAAAUGGCCGGUUUUACAGAUCUGCGGGAGAAGCUGAAGUCGAUGACACCGCACAGGGACAAAGUUUUCGAGUACAGCGACGGAGAGAAGCGCAAAUACCACGACUCGGAUGACGACGAGAGUGAGCACGAGGAGCGGCGGGACGCAGAGGCGAGCAAAGUUAAAAGUAGCAUUAAGCAAGCGAAUAUCUUCACGCAGGAGGAGUGCGCGCGCAUUGAGGCGAAGAUAGACGAAGUGGUUGCCAAGGGAGACAAGGGGCUCUACCGGGAGCACACGGUAGACCGGGCGCCUCUGAGAAACAAGUACUUUUUCGGUGAGGGCUACACGUACGGCUCGCAGCUUGAAAAGCGCGGGCCCGGGCAGGAACGGCUGUACUCCGAAGGCGAGGUGGACGAGAUCCCGGACUGGGUGCACGAACUGGUCAUCGAUCGCCUCGUGACGAAUGGCGUCAUACCGGAGGGCUUUGUUAAUAGCGCCGUGAUCAAUGACUACCAGCCCGGGGGCUGCAUCGUGUCCCACGUGGACCCCAUUCAUAUCUUUGAGCGACCGAUAGUGUCCGUGUCGUUCUUCAGCGACAGCGCGCUCUGUUUCGGAUGCAAGUUCCAGUUCAAGCCCAUCCGCGUGUCCGAGCCCGUGCUCUACCUGCCCGUGGGGCGCGGCAGCGUCACCGUCCUCAGUGGCUAUGCAGCUGAUGACAUCACACACUGCAUCCGCCCACAGGACAUUAAGGAGAGGAGAGCCGUCAUCAUUCUGAGAAAAACGAGGCCGGAUGCCCCUCGCUUGAACACCAGUUCACUGAGCCCGUCCAUCCACUCUUCUGAGAGAAGACACAUACUCAAAGCCAAACGCUCACACCGCAAGGCCGACCCAGAUGCUGCACACAGGCCUCGUAUUUUAGAGAUGGACAAAGAGUUACAGAGGCGUUCCCUCUCCUCCCGAAAGAGACGUCAUGGUGACAGCAGUUCAGAGAACUCAUGGAGGAGAGCUGACGAGAGAGAGCUGGGCUCACGCUACACAGAUGAUCAUGCGACCACACGACGAGUCAAGAUGAGACGUCACUGAGACGUAGACACCUUUUACGUUUGCUCGAGGGGAUGGGAAGCCAACAGAGUGACUCAGUAAAAGAGAAGCUUCCGGAGUGAGUGGAUUCAAGGACAUCAGACAGUCGCUGCUUUACUUAAGAGGCUUUAUCUAUCUAUUCAGACAUAUCAAAAAAUAUACUUUAAAAUCCACUAUAUUUUGUUCUGUGUGUUUAAAGGAAAUGUAUGGAAUAAAAAGACAUCUAUGCUGA